GCUGCAUCACCACCUGCACCCACUCUCCUCCCAUCCAACCCUCUCAACUCCUCUCGAGCUGUGUAUGCUCGGUCUGCGCCCGCGACUCAAAGCUCGACCUUCCUUCCUCGACCUCGUGCGCAAGAGCAACGCCCACAGUCCCGCCCCGCAGACUGUACCGGUUCCCCAGCCCGAAGAGCAGGUCCUCGACAUACCUCUUCCUCCUUCUCCACCGCUCAAUCCCCCCGACAUUGUAGUCGAAGCUCCCGCAUCGCCGGAAGCUCUACCACCUCCCGCCAUGGCUCCGAGUAAGAAAGAUGCUGAUGACGAGAACACCGGCAAGGUGUUCUCUGUCUCUGGCCCCGUCAUUGUCGCCGAGGACAUGAUUGGUUGUGCUAUGUACGAGCUCGUUCGAGUUGGUCAUGACAACCUUGUUGGAGAAGUCAUUCGAAUCGAGGCGGACAAAGCUACGAUUCAGGUUUACGAAGAGACCGCUGGUGUAACUGUCGGCGACCCCGUCACUCGAUCCGGAAAGCCUCUAUCCGUCGAACUUGGCCCUGGUCUGAUGGAAACCAUCUACGACGGAAUCCAACGUCCUCUCAAGAGCAUUGCAGACAAGUCCAACAGCAUCUACAUCCCCCGAGGUAUCGACAUCCCCUCGCUCGACCGCGAGAAGAAGUGGGAUUUUACACCUGGCAAAUACAAGGUUGGAGACCAUAUCACGGGUGGCGAUGUCUUUGGCAGCGUCUGGGAAAAUAGUCUUCUCAACGACCACAAAAUCCUCCUUCCUCCUCGAGCGAAGGGAACGAUCACCCGCCUUGCAGACAAGGGCAGCUAUACUGUGGAUACCAAGAUUCUGGAGCUCGAGUUCAAUGGCGUCAAGACGGAAUACAGCAUGAUGCAUAACUGGCCCGUCCGUGUGCCUCGUCCUACCGCUGAGAAGCUGUCCUCUGACUCUCCCCUCGUCGUCGGCCAACGAGUUCUCGACGCUCUCUUCCCCAGUGUCCAGGGUGGUACCGUGUGCAUUCCCGGUGCUUUUGGCUGCGGAAAGACGGUCAUUAGUCAGAGUUUGUCCAAGUUCUCUAACUCUGAUAUCAUUGUCUACGUUGGGUGCGGAGAGCGAGGUAAUGAGAUGGCUGAAGUGUUGAUGGAUUUCCCUGAGCUUUCUAUCGACAUCGACGGGCGAAAAGAACCCAUUAUGAAGCGGACUACGCUCAUUGCCAACACCUCCAACAUGCCCGUGGCGGCCCGUGAGGCCUCCAUCUACACCGGUAUCACCGUCGCAGAGUACUUCCGUGACCAGGGCAAGGAUGUCGCCAUGAUGGCUGACUCGUCGUCGCGAUGGGCUGAGGCGCUUCGAGAAAUCUCUGGUCGUCUCGGAGAAAUGCCUGCUGAUCAAGGUUUCCCUGCCUACCUUGGUGCCAAAUUGGCGUCCUUUUACGAGCGUGCUGGUCGAGUCACGGCACUCGGAAGCCCCGAUCGCAAGGGCAGUGUCAGUAUCGUUGGUGCUGUCAGCCCUCCCGGUGGUGAUUUCUCGGAUCCCGUCACUAGCAGUACGCUUGGUAUUGUGCAGGUCUUCUGGGGAUUGGAUAAGAAGCUCGCCCAAAGAAAGCAUUUCCCUUCGGUCAACACGUCUAUGAGUUACAGCAAGUAUACGACACCGCUGGACAAGUACUAUGCGAAACACAACCCCGACUUCCCGCGCCUCCGUGAUCGAAUCAAGGAGCUUCUCACGACUUCAGAAGAUUUGGACCAGGUGGUGCAGCUUGUGGGUAAAUCUGCGUUAGGCGACCCCGAUAAGAUCACGCUGGAUGUUGCGACGUUGAUCAAAGAGGACUUCCUGCAGCAGAACGGUUACAGCGACUACGACCAGUUCUGUCCGCUAUGGAAGACGGAAUGGAUGAUGAAAGCUAUGAUGGGCUUCCACGACGAGGCGCAAAAAGCGAUUGCUCAAGGCCAGACCUGGGGUAAGGUCCGAGACGCGACAUCAGAGAUCCAGAGCGAGUUGCGCAGCAUGAAGUUCGAGUUGCCUAGCGAUGGCGAGGAGAAGGUCGGCAAGAAGUACGAGGAGAUGAUGCAGAAGAUGAUGGACAAGUUUGCGGCCGUGACGGAUGACGCUCAGAUCUGUACCCCCAGCUGCCCACACCAACAGAUAUCCCCAUACACCGACGGCACCAUGGCGACGGUGAAUCCCACGGCGAUCAACGUCAAUGAUCCGGGCCUUAUUACUCUCGUCAACAAGCUCCAGGAUGUCUUCACAACCGUCGGAGUCCAAAACCCCAUAGAUUUACCCCAGAUUGCAGUCGUAGGAUCGCAGUCCAGCGGCAAGAGCUCCGUGCUAGAGAACAUCGUGGGGAGAGAUUUCCUACCGCGUGGAACAGGCAUAGUAACGCGACGACCGCUCAUUCUACAACUGAUAAACCGCGCCCCGGCGAACAAACCGCAAGCAAAUGGCAUCACCGAGGACAUGAAGACGUCGGACGCCGAGUCCAACGUCGACGAGUGGGGCGAGUUUCUACACAUCCCUGGCCAAAAGUUCCACGACUUCAACAAGAUUCGGGAGGAGAUUGUGCGAGAGACAGACUCCAAGACUGGGCGGAAUGCGGGCAUUUCGCCGGCGCCUAUCAACCUGCGGAUAUACUCGCCAAACGUCCUAACCCUGACGCUGGUGGAUUUACCCGGCUUGACCAAGGUGCCGGUGGGAGACCAGCCGCGAGAUAUCGAACGACAGAUCAAGGAGAUGGUGUUGAAGCAGAUCAGCAAGUCGAACGCGAUAAUACUGGCUGUCACUGCCGCGAACACGGAUUUGGCGAACUCGGAUGGGCUGAAGCUGGCGCGCGAGGUGGAUCCUGAGGGACAGAGGACAAUCGGUGUUCUUACAAAGGUCGAUUUGAUGGACGAUGGAACGGAUGUUGUGGAUAUCCUGGCUGGACGAAUCAUUCCGCUACGACUAGGCUACGUGCCUGUUGUCAAUCGAGGGCAGAGGGAUAUCGAGAACAAGAAGGCUAUUUCGUAUGCGCUGGAGCAUGAGAGGCAGUUCUUCGAGACCCACAAGGCAUAUCGGAACAAGGCAGCGUACUGCGGUACUCCAUACCUUGCGCGGAAGUUGAAUCUGAUUCUUAUGAUGCACAUCAAACAAACCCUCCCCGACAUCAAAGCCCGAAUUGCUUCCUCGUUGCAGAAAUACCAAGCCGAACUGCUCUCUCUCGGAGACUCACUUCUUGGCAACAGCUCAAAUGUCGUCCUCAACAUGAUUACAGAAUUCUCCAACGAAUACCGAUCGGUCCUCGAUGGCAACAACCAAGAGUUAUCUAGCAUAGAACUUUCGGGCGGUGCCAGAAUUAGCUUCGUUUACCAUGAGCUCUACGCCAACGGUGUCAAGGCCGUUGACCCCUUCGACCAAGUGAAGGACGUUGAUAUCCGCACUGUUCUCUACAACUCCUCGGGCUCUUCUCCGGCGCUAUUCGUCGGCACCACCGCCUUCGAACUCAUCGUCAAGCAACAAAUCAAGCGAUUGGAAGAUCCCAGCUUGAAAUGCGUGUCGCUAGUCUACGACGAGUUAAUCCGAAUCCUCGGCCAGCUAUUGACCAAGCCCAUGUUCAGGAGAUACCCCGCACUGAAGGAGAAGUUCCAUGCCGUUGCUGUUGCGUUUUUCAAGAAGGCGAUGGACCCUGCAAAUAAGCUUGUGAAGGAUCUGGUCGCGAUGGAGGCAACUUAUAUCAACACAGGACAUCCCGAUUUCAUUAAUGGCUCAAGGGCCAUGGCUAUUAUCCACGAACGUCACAACGCCUCGAAACCCCAACAAGUCGACCCCAAAACUGGGAAGCCGCUACCACCCAGCGUACCGCCGCGGUCCAUCAGCCCAAGUCUGGACGGAAACGACAAUUCGGGCUUCUUUGGAUCCUUCUUCGCGAGUAAGAACAAGAAGAAGAUGGCGGCUAUGGAACCGCCGCCUUCGACGCUCAAGGCGAGUGGCACGCUGAGCGAGAAGGAGACACAGGAGGUUGAGGUCAUCAAGCUACUCAUAACUUCCUACUUCAACAUCGUCCGGCGCACAAUGAUCGAUAUGGUGCCCAAAGCCAUCAUGCUGAACCUGGUCCAGCUCACGAAAGAGGAGAUGCAGCGCGAGCUACUCGAGAACAUGUACAAGACUGACGAAUUUGAUGAGCUGCUCAAGGAGAGCGAGUACACCGUUAGGAGGCGGAAGGAGUGCCAGCAGAUGGUGGAGAGUCUUACCAGGGCGAGCGAGAUUGUUAACCAGGUGCAGUGAGGGGUGGCGCUGGGGUAGGGUUUUGAAGAGCUGCUGGUGGGAAAGGGAGAGCGAAGACUAUCGAUAGUGUGAGCGGGUAAUCAGCGGGUGAGUAGAAUGGCAUAACGGGGGAAUGAGAGGGGAGGGUAGGAGGUGUUUGUAUGAGAAUGUUUAUUGGAGCGAAUAGACCUUCAGUACUGUGCUAUCCCUGUUCCGACGCUUUUGUUCUGUGAUCUCGGACACGUCCGGGCAGUCACUAGGAUGGGUUCUCUCAGUUUGGGCUUGGAGUGGG